UACUGAGGACAGGACCCUAAAUAGGAAGGUGUGGAGGUCGCGGAUAAGGGUAGAAGGCUAGUGUGAAUGUGUGGGUUGUAGCAGGCAAUCAGUCAAGAGAGAUCUUGUGUAGCCGGGUUCGUAAUCCUACGACUGUGUACUUAGGUGUCUUUGGUAUGUGAGGGUAUGUUACCACCAGGCAAAGAAAAGCUUUUCUUGGUUGUGGUCUAGAACCCAUUGCGGAGUAACUUAUCGGGCAUUUACUUUUUAAUUAACCUGGUGGUUUAAAAUGACAAUGAGUUUGGAAGAGGCAUCAAAGAAAACUUCACGUCCUCAAUUGGUUGUGUUGAACAAGGCAUUCAAAUUGGCUGAGCAAUGGGUUAACAGUAUGGGGGGCUCUUCAGAUGAUGUGAAACCAAAAGAGGCUGUUCUAGAGAGUCGACCACCCAGGCUUGGAAUUGGUGCUGCAGUUCCACGUCAAUCACAAACUGUACUCUCAAAUGACCCCGCUGAAAGAAGAUUACGUGCUAAAUUGGAUGCUGAGAAAAGAAGAAAAUUGAAGAGCUCUGAUUCAUCAACAAUUUCCGCCCAAGAUGGGAAAGUUGAUGAAGAAAGCGACGAGGAGGAAUCAGAAAGCAAAACAAAAGCGUUUUCCAAGAAGAGACCCACUGCGGCUUUGCCCUCGACUCUGCAGGCAAAAAAGAAGAAGUAACUUCGCAUCAUCUGGCAAUGAAUACUUCAAGAUGUACUAGAGUUCUCCAUUUGUAUAUUCUUGUGGCCAUUUUGCAAGGUGCAGCUCGUUUGAGGUCUCAGUUUCCAGUUCCUAGAAAUGUUUUAAACUGAAAGAAAAAAGAACUUUAUUUAGUUUUUAAAGUAAGAGUAACAAACUUUGCCCGUGAUGUUUAUUUCUCAACAAUGUUCUCCCCCAACUCUCCUCAUCUUGUCCGUGUCUUUGGUGCCAAAUGCUUUUUAGAACAUGUCAUGUCAUCCUAAGAGUUUUGUGGGAACUCACUUGGUAUAUGUUGUUGUUGCUGCAUGUCAUCCUCAGUUCUGUUCGCAGUGUUGAUUGAGGUUAAUGGUAAAGGAUAUCUUUUGUCUGUGACUAUACUCAAACAUACAGAGGAUAUAUCAUAUUUGGUAUUUUGAAUUUUCCUUUGAAGUUUA